AUGGCAACACGAAAUGUUCUCAAGUCUUUCUAUGAAGCGACAACAACGUUGUCCACUCAAAAGUACGAAUCAAUUGGAAUUUCUUAUAUUGUUAUUACAGGCCUAAAAAAAUAUUUAACAGCGGCCAAAGACGAAGAACCAUUUGAAAAUCUUCUAAAACAAGAACUAUUAUCAAAAUUUAAUUAUUAUUUCGGCCCUAUAUUUAUUUCGUAUCAGCAAUGUCAAGCAAGUUUGAUUUGUGCAUUUUUAGAUCCAGCGCUAUAUGUAUAUUUGACUUUUGAUCAAGAUGAAUUAGGAAAAGCUGAAAAAUUAGUUCUACAACGUGCUGAAUUUCGUCGAAUUUCAUUGCAACCUCCACCACUUAUAACACAAGUUACAACAGCAAAUUCAUCAUCAUCAUCCAGAAAAGAUGAACAAGAACAAAAGCAACAACUGCCAUCAUUAUCACUAAACAAAUUUUUGAAAACAUGUGGAAUACAAGAACUAAUCAAAACAACAGAAGCAGUUAAAAUUAAAGAAGAAUAUACUGUAAAAGAACAAGUCGCAUUCUAUGUGGCAAAUGUUAAAAGUUUACCAAAUUUUGAAACAUUUUGGACAAAAUAUGGUGAACAGUUGCCUGAUUUGGUGUCACUUGUAAAACAUUAUUCAUGUAUGCAGUCAACAUCAGUAUCAAGUGAAUCGGCAUUUUCAAUCUCAGGCUACAUCAAUAGAAAAACUCGUUGUUCGUUAUCAUCUGCAGCACUUCGGUUUUCCAUGUGCCUUAAAAAACCAUACGAAGAUGAAGACAACACUUGCAAAUAA